UCUUCCCAACAUGGCAGCGCCCGUAGGAAGGUUGCUGUCAGGUGUGUUGUGCUGCAGGCCAUUCGUUUUUCGUUUGCCUCUGCUGGGCUGCCGGAGUGUUGUUUCUUCCCCUGUGGCUGGAGUGUCUCCAUGGCGGCUGCACGGCGCUGUGUGCCUGAAAAGGCCUGCUGUGGUGUCCCAGGCGAAAACUUCUUUGCAAAUGGAGGUGUCUGAGCUUCUGCAGCAGAUAGAAUUAGAGAAGAGUUUAUAUUCCGACCAUGAACUUCGUGUUAUGGAAGAUGAAGAACGUAUAAAGAAGAAACAGUCUGAUAUUUAUGAAUCAGAUGACGAAGAUGAAAAUAAAGAGAUUGUAUUGGCUCAAGAUCUUGAAGAUAUCUGGGAACAGAAAAGCCGUGAUUUCAAAAUGGCACCCCGAAUAACUGAAGCAGAUAAGAAGACUGACCAAUCCUCAUUAAACAGGAAACUAGAGAACAACCUUGUACUACUUGUUAAAGAAAAGAUUGGCAAUGAUGAGAUCUGGAUGUUUCCUCAAAUUGAGUGGCAAAGUGGAGAAACUAUGAGACAGACUGCAGAACGCGCUUUGUCUACCGUGUCAGACAAUCAAAUUCAAGCCCAUUUCUUAGGGAAUGCUCCAUGUGGAUUUUUCAAGUACAAAUUUCCCAAGGCUUUGCGAAAUGAGGACUCUUUGGGAGCCAAAGUAUUUUUCUUUAAAGCAUUACUUAAAGGUAAUGAACUUACACCAAAAAAUAUAAAAGGCGACUAUGUGUGGGUUAGUAAAGAAGAGUUGAAAGACUAUUUAAAACCUGCAUACCUAGCUGAAGUGAACAGAUUUGUAAUAGAAUUGUAAUAAAUGUAUUCCUGUACAUGUA